CUUGGCCGAAGUAUUAUUACUCAGUUUUCAUUACUCCACCCACCUACGGACGAAAGAGGCUCGCUGGGAUGAACUAAAAAUAAAUGUAUAAAUAAAUGUGCAGCAAAUAUAAUCGGCUUCUGGCUUCUAAGCAAACGACAACAGCUGGAAAUAAAAAAUAACAUUUGUUUUGUUAACUUCGUGCAAAGUGUCAAUAAUGGAGCGAAUUUAGCUGAAAAACUGUGCAAAGUUAGUGUUCCCCCAGGGCAAUCGAUAGAUUAUCUUCCUUUGACCUUCCAGCAUCCGACCAAAUCUGCAAUGGGGAUUCAGAUUUUUCCCAUGGUCAAUCAGUGGUGGCUGGCUGCACAUACGCUACGAAUACUGAAGCGAACCUAGGGCAUUCUAGUAUGGAUCAGACAAAUCGGGGAUUCACAAUGGCAUGCACGAAUCCAUCACGAGUAUCUCCUCCAAAAUCUACAAUUGACUCUACGCCACUUCAGCCUGCAAUGGACAAAAACAAGGAGUCUCUUAAAGUGAAGCUUCUGGUCCGAAGGUCCUUGAAUCAGUUAGUGGAGCAAGGAAUAAUGCCAUCUCCCAAGACAUCACCAGCAAUCUAUGAACAGCAGCGACAACUUGAACGCGCCAAAACUGGAGACAUGUUGAAAGCUAAAAUCAAGCAAAGGCCAGACAGAAUGGAACUAGAACGAAGGCACAUUCUGGAGCACCAGGAAGGCAACAUCGAUCCCAGUCUUGCCGAGAAAAAGCGAAUGCUGGAGAAAGCUCUCUUGGUGGACCAUCUCAAUUCGAAGAUAUCACAUCGGCCUGGUCCACUGGAACUGAUCGAAAAGAAUAUUCUACACGCGGAAGAACCAAUAGAACGUAUAGUCAAGGAAGGUUUAGUCAACUACACCUCUACCGAUGAAGCGGUAUCACCAGCACAAACCCUGCGUAGUCCCGAGAGCAUGAUAUGCAUCGAAGACGAUUCGUUGAGCUCCGAAGGUGAAACGCAAAAUUUGCAACGGGUCACACCUAUCAAUGUAUUGCUACUCACGCAAACAUCGCAACCACAAAGUACAAUAGUUACUGCUGACGCUCUCGUAGGAACAUUUUCGGUUGGUGUUGGAACAGCCAAGGUCUUGGAAGCAGCUAGCUCCAUCGACAGUACCACAUUUGCACGACCUGAAACGUGUGUGAAAAAGGAGGGAAUCGAGCCGGUGCCCUUCAAUGUAGUUGAAGUUAAUAAGAAAUCCUAUCCCAGCAGUAGUGUGGCGUCGUCGAAAAGCGAACUAAAAGAGAAAAGUAAGAAGAAAAAUAAAAACAAGGUCAUAUCUAAGACCAGGUCGAUCAAGUUUCACGAAUACAAGGGCCCACCCAAUGCUCAAAAGCACACUUCCUCGCCGCAUAACAGUGGCGAAACCAACUAUCAGCUGAUAAUGAAACAACAGUAUCUUUUAGAGUAUUUGGAGGAGAUUUGCAAACAUCCUCCGGCAACUUCGGGUAGCUCCAGUAUGUCGUUUUCGGUUACAGCCAAGGAAAAAGAUGGUAAUGGCGUAUUACAGGGAAGUGAUACUCAGAAACUGCCGCCAGACCCGGCUACAGAAACUCUUAAUAAGCUCAAAGUUUUUCAACUCAAAAGGUAUUGCAAAAAGUAUAAUCUUCCAGUGUCGGGGUCAAAAUCAAGCCUAAUCGAACGGUUGAAACCUUAUUUGCACCUGAUGGAGCAAACAUCCGACUUCGAAGGCAAGAAUGAAGCGGAUGUAUCGCUGAAUAGCAGUGCCUCUGCUGAGGCAAAACCCACGGAAGGUAUUGAUGAACAAGUGCUUAAAGAGCAGCAAAAGCGUAUUGCCGAGCUGCAGAUGCUCUUGAAGAAAAGUCAAGACGAGCUGGAACAUAUGAAGAUGAUACAGCUACGUACGCCACAAGACUUUAACACACAGCUAGCGAGCCCUGGUUCGGAUAAUCCCGAAACCCGAGAACCCGAAACGUCGCAGGUUUUCAAGAGCGAGGAACUCAACAUUACUUCUCUGCAUACCGAUAAAAUGCUAUCUGAUAUGGAUAUCAAAAUUACCGUUAGAAUCGAUGCGGAUUCGCCUGACCCUACAAUAAAACCCAAACUUGAACCUUCUACUAUAUUAAGUGUUAUGGACACUCCUAGCAGUACACUGAAUACCAGCAGUUCAAAGCAGUGGAAAACAGAUACGUUGCUCGAUGCCGUUGUGAAUGAGGAGAAUAUGCUACAAUGCGAUGCAGUUCCUCAUAGGACAGUGAGUUACCCUUCAAAUGCAGAUACCCUCGACAAACUGUUAGGGCAAGUCCAGCCUGGUAUCCCGAAUUUGAACGAUACCAAGGAGCAAGGAUUCAAAAUACCUUUGGACGCGAGCACUAACAACAAAGAUAUGGACACCAAAUCAAUAAGCGACGAAGCUAUGCAUGCUCCCCUAGUGCUUAAUGAUUAUAAUGACGUGGAUCUACUGGACUUCCACAUGCAGAUCGACGACACCAGUGAUACUUACACAAUACCCAAGUCGUUGGACGAUACUUUCCCUAGCAUGGAAAUGAAGGAUUCGAACUGCAGUAGUAAAAUGAACUACGAAUCGAAUAUGAUCACGGGGAGCAACAGCUCAAUCUACGACCAAGAUGGGGAUAAAUCGAAUGCUUUCAAUGAUUUUGACGGUCUUCGCUUUGUUCACAAUGCUCCGUACAAUGAACUUUUCAAACUACAUCAUGCUGGUAUGACUGUAGGGCAGAGUCCAACGGUAGACCCGACCAUGUCCGGUUCCUAUCUUAAAUUGAGCCACUCAAAUGACAUCAACGAUAAUUUCACAACAAUCCCUGCCAAUCCUGCUUUCCCUCAGAAGCAUUUAGAUCUUUCCUCGUCGAGUGCGGACGCGUCGGGCGUUAAGCGGUGCUGGAUGCCGAAUAAUGCGUUCUACGAUGUCAACAAGCUGAACAAGAUGAUUGCCCUAGAAAGCCAGCCGCAUUGCGGGGUAUCGCAUCAGAACCACAGUGAAAUUAUGAACAUAGCUGACAUGAAAAAUAGUGAUGAUAGGUUUAAUUUUGACGAUCAGAAUAAGGACUCGUUGUUGAUCAGUAGUACAUGCAAUAAUAGCACACACACGGGCCACAUCAGCCCGAUGGAUUUUGAUAGUCUGUUGUCGAAUAUAAGUUCACCUUUAUCUACGCAAAAUUGUGAUCGUGACGUCCUUGACGAAAGUCAAGACAAAACGUUGUAUGAUUUACAACAAAAUAACCUGCUUGAUUACUUUACCGAUGAUUAUGGUAUGCAUAAUGCAAUUCUUUAACAUGUGAAAUAGAUAACACUAGAUAUUAGCGAAACAUUAAA